AUGGGAAAUUUCAACAGCACUUCACAAGAGAGUUUCAUUUUGGUGGGUUUCUCAGAUUGGCCUCAACUACAGGUCUUUCUUUUUGUCAUUAUUUUGAUUUUCUACUCCCUAACUAUCUUUGGCAAUACAGCCAUCAUCGCUCUUGCAAGACUGGAUCUUCGACUGCAUAAACCCAUGUACUUCUUCCUUUCCAAUCUCUCCUUCCUGGACCUCUGCUACACCACCAGCACUGUGCCCCAGCUCCUGAUCAACCUUCAUGGACUUGACAGGACCAUCAGCUAUGGAGGGUGUGUGGCCCAGCUAUACAUAUUUCUUGCCCUGGCCUCCACAGAAUGUUUGAUUUUAGUGGCGAUGGCCUUCGACCGCUAUGCUGCUGUGUGUAAUCCACUCCACUAUACCACCAUUAUGCACCCCCUUCUCUGCAGGGCAUUGGCCAUCUCCUCCUGGAUAGGAGGCCUUGUGAACUCUCUUAUUCAGACAGGACUUGUGAUGGCCAUGAGGCUCUGUGGCCAUCAAAUCAAUCACUUCUGUGAAAUGCCCAUAUUUCUGAAACUGGCCUGUGAGGACACAAAAGGAACAGAAGCUAAGAUGUUUGUAGCUCGAACAAUAGUCUUAGUGUGCCCUGCAGUUCUGAUUCUAGGCUCCUAUGCUCACAUUGCUCAGGCUGUUCUAAAAGUCAAGUCAAUGGCUGGACGCAGAAAGGCUUUUGGGACAUGUGGGUCCCACCUCAUGGUGGUGUCUCUCUUUUAUGGCUCAGGUAUUUAUACCUAUCUUCAACCAGUCCACAGAUAUUCUGAAAGCAAGGGAAAGUUUGUUGCCCUUUUUUAUACUAUUGUUACCCCCAUGUUCAAUCCUCUGAUAUAUACCCUGAGGAACAAAGAUGUAAAGGGUGCUCUGUGGAAGGUACUAGGGAGAGGCAAAGACUCGGGGUAA